GGGCAUCGAGUUUAAUUUCGGCCGGCAAGGAACGGUGUAUUCAAAAUUGCCUUAGGGUAAGAUUUAACGAUUAACGUGGUUGGUUUGUUGAUAGUGGACAAAAAACUGACGGAUGCGACUUUGAGCUAUGAAAGCGAACGAAACAUGUCAUCUCAGAUCACCGAUAUCCGCAAACAAAUGCACUGGACCUUAAUAUUUCAGGAUCAGAUUUUAUCAAUCGCAAACUUAGCGUUGAUACUAUCUURCUUGUCUUCAGCACGGUUUGUUCCGAACGGAAACAGCGUACUCAACUACUGAGGUGGCUUCUCGCUUUUCAUUUCCUAUGCCAAAUUUAAGCCAAUCUUCACACCGGAGUGGUUCAAUUUUUUCUGUUCGAGUGUUCUUCGCUGCUUGGCGUAGCCAUGACUCUUGCCGAGGUUGGAAUCGUCGAAAAUCUGGCUGAAUCCUUCCAGCAACAACGCUUGGACGAUUCUAUCGACUCGUUUGGACAUUUGCGUAACGCUGUCAAAUUGUCGUCAUCUCAGAGUGUUCAAUACAGGAGUUCAUCUUGUGUUUUUAGCAUGAUAUAUGGCAGAGAAAAGCACCAGAAACACUUCAAUGUCAAGAGAAAUAUCCUCGCAAAAAGUUGCCUCCAGAGUAAAUCAUUAAGCAACAAAAAAAUUCAAGAAAGUUUUAAAGAAGGCCUUGAUAUCGAACACAAACCAAGUCUUCCGGAAAUUCAUUUUGAAAUUAAACAAAAAGAUCAUGGGGACAAAGAAACAAAUCGAGAAAUCUUGAGCUCUAGCGAGGAAGAGCUCACCGAACUUUGCUCAAGAAACAGAAAAUUUCUGCCUGGUAACCAAAGAGCGCAUUUAAUGGCUCCUUCUGGCCCCUUAUGGCUCGAGCCCCCAGACAAGAUGCAUUCAACUGGAACUGAAUCCCAACAAAGUAAGGAUUCUAAUCGGAAAAGAUACAAACAGYCACGUAAAAAGACAACUAAAAAAAUAAAACUCUCAAGACCUUCGCUUGAUCUUGAUAAAAUGAUCGCGACAAGAUUUAUGCAGAACGGUAGCAGCAUUUGUCUCAAAAGUGGAAACAUCUUUGCCCCUAUCAAUGCUACAUGAAUUUAACAUCGCUAGCCAGGCAUAAUCAACAUAUAGAGACAGAUGUUUAAAGCCAUCAUUGAAGAAAUUAUUCUAAAAUGAUGAAAACUGUACCAUAACGGAUUGUUUAAUAGCUUGAGAACGGCCUUGUCACCAUCUACCAGAGAUUKCCAGGGAGACCAUUGGAAGCAAAAUAAAACUGAACCUCAGAAAAAAACAUAUAUAUGUCGAUAUAUGUAAAGAACUAUAAAAAGUUGAUAAAACUCAAAUGACAUAUAUAAUCCAAUGGAUAUUGAUAUCUCAAUGUAAAUGUUAAUUAUUUUGUCAGGAGUUGUGUUUUAAGUCUGAGUGUCACUUCAAGGCCUGCAGAAAUAAGAAUUGUUGCUGUUUGCAUAAUUACAGUGMCWUGCGAAUAACAUUUUUCAAUUCUCAAUUCUUUUUUUGCUUCCUCGGUUUAACAAUAUAUCAAAGAACAUUAAAUUUACAUAUUAAUCAUGUUUAAAGUAUAGAAACCUAUAGAAUAUGUUUAACAUAUCGAAGUGCUGUCAUUCAUCGAAAGAGUCGUUAGGAAGUGUGGAACUUUAAGUAAAGCUCUCUGGCCAAACA